GCUGCAUUGGAAGCCAACAAAUGUGUACUGUCGGGUUUCGGCACAGAGCAAAAGAAGGUAUUUUCAGUGCCCGAAAGCUCCAAAUUGUCGCUCUGCUCUGAUCCAAACAUUAAUAUUUCCAUGGAUGAGGAGGAUGAUUCCCAAAGCGAAGAAGACAGUCGAAAAAGCUCCACCACAAGUGCACGGCUGUCGACAUUACGACCCAGGACGCCCACUCAACGAAGCGCUAGCAGUGAGGAAUAUGUCGUAAUCAAACCAUCAAAUCCGGCAAAGAAAAUGCGACUAACUCAGCACCAGAAGGAGAAAAUGGCCGAAAAAAGCGACAGUUUGUUGUGUGUCACCGAGGAGAGCCAAUCAAUCGAUUUCGCUGCGCGUCUUCCGCCUGGAUACAUUGCUCGAGAAAUAAAGCUGAGAAGGGUUGUUAUACUUCUUGAGGAUUGUUUGAAAGCUAAAAAACUGCAUGGAGUAGAAAUACCUAUGCAAAAUACCGCAUCAGACACGCAUGAUUUUAAGCAAGUAGUGGAAACAGAGUGUGAAAAUAAUUCCGAAAUCGUAGAAGAAAAAUUUGAAACGAAAAUCGACAAGCAACCGAACGAGGAGAAUCUUGCAGUUCUCACGGACCACUCUGCCUUGCCACAAGUAACCGCUGAUACGGCAUCGUCUUCCACAGAAAACAUAACACCACAGGACAAAGCAUCAGUGCUGCCGGAAAGUGUGGCUUCAGAUCCGAUUGCUGAUGGACUUCCGAAAACGCCAAACAGCAUUCUGAAAAACAGUGAAUCAGUGGCGACUUGUCCUUCAUUGAGCGAGAAAAAAACCAGACGAGUUCGCUUUGAUGAGUCCGUAUUGGAUAAUCCUGAUCGACCUCCACUUGAUAUCUAUUAUCGUUCAAAAAAAUCGCUAUUUUUCAACUUACAGGGAAAACAGAAUGUCAACAAAGCACCAGUAUCACCACCAAAACAGGCAGCUGUACUGCCAGUCAAUAAAGAUCCAGACAAAGCACUGUUUCCAUUUUCUGUCCAACUAAAGGUAGAAAUGACAUCCCGCGGUGUUACUACAAUUGGCGAUAUGGCUUUAUUAUCGGCGCAUGACAUUGAUACAUUCACUUUUCGACUUCCCAAGCUAAAGCAAUAUCUCAGGGUGCUGAACGAUCAUCAUCGAACGAGGCGUGGCGGAGUAAUCUUCUCUGCGAGUCGGAACCGGCUCGCGGGUCGUCAGUUGCUCACCCAUGCUGUAGGCGAAUCUGUCGCUCUUUAG